AUGGAUCACGUGAAGCGCGAAGAUAAUAGUGUAAUCGAUGAAGAAACCUAUAAGAUGUACAUAGAUACUUUAAAUAAAACCUUCGUACUUGAUACAAUUGACCACCAACAUACCCCGUUAUCUAUGGAACAGCUACAUCAAGCCAUGCAUUCAUCUCUAGACACCCGUUCUCUCGUCCAUAACUUCCAAAUACCGCUAUCACCACGGCAACUAUCAACGCUCCGACUUAAAUCAAAUCAAAAAACACGUCCGUUAAACUAUGAACUACCAUCACAUUUACCUAAAAACCUUUCAAUGGAAAUGGAACAUAUAUCCGUGCCGAGUGACAUGCCUCAGAGUUUACUACGACACAAUGACUUUCUUGCUCCGAAUCUUGAUAUAACUUUAGCGAGAAAUAUCAUGAGCGAAGUAGAGUUACAAAAUAACCUACAGAUCAUUCAAGAUCACGAAUUAGCGAGAAACAUGACAACGGUCAAUGAUCUGUCGCAAAAUGUAAAUCGUGAUAUACAACAUGAAUUAGGUAAUGAAUUGGACUUAUCGCAUUUAAAUCGAACAAACUUAGCAACAGAUGUGUUAAAUCAAGAGGAUACAAGGAAAAAUUCUAGCAUCCAAACGUCCAUCGAUAAUCAUUUAUUAGAGCAGCAAAUGUUACUAAAAUUAGAACAAAAUAUGCCAUUAAGGAUAGACCAGUCUCUUGAUCAAUUGUCUCAGAGGAUUGAUCAAACAUUGACUCAAAGGAUGGAUCAUAAUUUGUCACAGAGAUUGGACCAGUCAUUGGCUCACAGGUUGGAUCAAAUUUUGCCUCAGAGGACGUUUAAUCCAGGGACGUUACAUGAGCAAAAAUUGGAGCACAACCAAAUGUUUUCCGUGUCUUGUCAGAUAAAAGCUGAGCAAGAAGACGAUGGUUAUUUCUAUAAGAGUAUGAAUCAAGGGAUCGGCGGUGUUGGCUUAACUGGUGAGAUUCCUCAACACACGGAGAGCAGUCAGACGACGAAUAUACAUCAGGACCAAAUAUACUCAUUAUAUAACAAUCAGAUUCCAAUACCAGCUUUAAAUACUAUAGAUUUGUACUCCAGACAACAGUCCUACAUACAAAACUACAUGACAGACAUGGCACGAGAAAAUCCACAAAAUUUAGUUGUACAAAGACAAUAUGAGCAUCAUAGUCCCUAUAAUGAACAUUAUAAAAAGUUAAGACAAGAUGGCGACGUAAAAAAAGAUUUAAAAAAUGAGGAUCCAAAAGAAAACAUGAAACCGCCGAAUCAGAAUAAAAACUUUUAUGAAUACAAUGAAUUUAAUGUUCCUGAAAAGAAUGAAAACGAUUCGAAUAGUAAUACUAAGGCCGUAGAUGAUCCUGUUUUGAAUAUAAAAGGCGAGUACAGUUGCUACAAGUGCAAUGAGGCGUUUCCUUCGAAACGUUUGUUGAAACAGCAUGCAAGGACAUGUGAAAACGGAGAAAAUACUGAGUUGGAGAAGUUAGGCAAAUUCUGCUGUAGUCAAUGUUCUUAUAGAUGUCAGUCGCCAGCGAUUUUGAAGAUACACGAACGCACCCAUACCGGUGAAAAGCCGUACGCUUGUUCGUUCUGUGAUUAUAAGUCUGGACAAAAGAAUAACGUAGCCAAACAUAUGCUAGUCCAUAUGAAGCAAAAGCCUUUCGAAUGCCAGUACUGUGAUUACCGUUGCGCUCAAAAAAAUAACUUAGUAGUACAUGAAAGAACCCACACGGGUUUCAAACCCUUUGCUUGCCCGUACUGUGAAUAUCGAACAGUCCAGAAACCGAACCUAGUGAAGCAUAUGUACCUUCACACUGAUCAAAAGCCGUUUAGCUGUGACCUGUGCAAUUAUAGAUGCGUUCAAAAGACGAAUCUAAUUAAGCACAAACAAAGGCAUAUAAAUGAAAAAGACGGUGAUAAAUUCGUACAUGAUCCAGGAACUACUUCUCAAGUUAAGCCAUAUAAACCUAGACAGAGAUCGAUAAAGUGUGAGCAUUGUUCCUAUCGAUGUGUGCAAAAAUCAAGUUUAGAAAAGCAUUUGCAAUUUAAACAUGGUGAUUUAAAAAGUGAUAACGCCGGCAGUUUGAAUUUAAUGAAAGAAAGUGAUAGUAUACAAAACUUAAGUGUUAAAAAGCCCGAUUUUGUAACGGAUAAAGUAUUGGAAACGUUACCAGAUAAAGUGUUGGAAACGUUACCGUCGCAGACAUAACAUUAAUGUGAUUAUUGUGAGGGUAUAAGUGGUUCCGUGUAAGUACAGAAUGAUGCAAAUUUUUAUUUUUGCUAUGUAGAUUAAUGAAUUUUGACGACAGUGUGAAUGUGUCUUUGUACUUAUUUUUAAUGCUCUCUUUUUAUUUUUUUUUUUCAUUGGGUGUAAUUUAGUCAUUAUCUUUGUGUCACGUUUGUUUGAAUUGUUGGAAACAGGAUUCCAUAGAAUACAAUUUUUUUUCUUUGUAGUCUAAUGACAAAAAUAUUUAAUCUGUGAAAUUAGGCAAUAUGAUAACUAUUCAAUAUAUAGAUAAACAAACCAAAAUUCGGAACUGAAAUUUUUAGUCUGAAAUGUUUAGCUAGUCAAAUGUUCUAAUCUGUUUUUAAAUUAAUUUUUAAAAUGGUGCCGACAAAAAGUGCUUUAAAACUACGAUUAAAAAAAACAGUUUAAUUUUAACAGC